AAUAUACCUAGCAUUGUUUUCAGGGCAAGAUACUGACGAACAGUGACCGCGUUUGGAUUACCUCAGGAGAUGGGAUGACGUGUUUACUUCUUGAAAAUAUAACAACGCACGACAGUGGAAAAUAUGGAGUCCGUGUCGAGAAUAGUUACGGUUCCGAUAUCCUGUACGCAUCACUUUCUGUCGAAGGACCUCCAGAUCCGCCACAAGGCAAACCCAAUGUUGUCGCAGAGGCAGAUUGUGCAGUGAUAACGUGGAGUAGUUCGCCGUACGACGGCGGUAGCAUUAUCACUGGUUACGCGCUCGAGUACAAUAAAAAUGGGGACAAUGAUUGGAUUACGGCAGCAGACAAUUGUCAUACCUUUAAUUAUACUCUGAAUGGACUUGAAUCGGAUUCGUGGUACACGUUCCGUGUACGUGCAAUCAACGUUCAUGGUCCAAGCCUACCCAGCCCAAUAUCGGAUCAAAUUCGAUCAGUUGAUACUGCAGUUGUUGCAUUCGAACCUCACACGCUCUUCCAUUCCACUUACGAGAUUUUAGAAGAAAUUGGAAAAGGAAGAUAUGGUGUCGUUCACAAAGUUGCUCAUAAAACAACCGGUUGUCACUCGGCAGCGAAAAUUGUACGUUGCAGAACAGCCAAAGAUAAGAAAAAGGUUCAAGAUGAGAUCGACAUUAUGAAUUUAAUUCGACAUCCCAAACUACUUCAACUUUUAGCAGCGUACCAAAGUCAAAGAGAGAUGGUAUUACUGAUGGAAUACAUUUCAGGGGGUGAGCUUUUUGAGCGAGUUGUAGCUGACGACUUCACCCUCACAGAACGCGACUGUAUACUAUUCAUGCGGCAAAUUUGCGAAGGCGUCGCUUAUAUGCACCAACAAAACAUCGUACAUCUAGACUUGAAACCCGAAAACAUCAUGUGCAGCACGAGAACAUCGCACGAGAUUAAGAUAAUCGAUUUCGGACUGGCGCAAAGACUGAAUCCUCAAAUUCCGAUUCGAGUCCUAUUUGGAACUCCGGAAUUUGUCUCGCCCGAAAUCAUAAAUUAUGAGCCGAUCGGAACGAAUUCUGACAUGUGGUCUAUUGGGAUCAUUUGCUACGUUCUGUUAUCUGGACUAUCGCCGUUUAUGGGCGACAAUGACGCGGAAACGUUCGCCAACAUCACGAGGGCCGACUACGACUUUAACGACGAAGCUUUUGAUACCGUCAGUCAAAAUGCCAGAGAUUUUAUUGGGGCCUUACUUGUGAAAAAGAAAGAAAAUCGACUGUCGGCUGAAGAGUGUCUUAAGCACACUUGGUUAGAUCCGGAAAGGCAUCAAACGACUGUAGUUCUCUGCAAAGAAAAGUUGAAGAAGUUUAUCAUCAGAAGAAAGUGGCAAAAAACUGGCAACGCGAUUCGUGCUGUUGGUAGAAUGACGAACUUGUACGUAAACCGACGCAAUUCUUCCUCGCAAGUUAUCGCCGACGUCAGGAAGGCCAACAUGACGUCAAAAUCGCUAAGUUUAGACAGCGAAAAAUCCAGUUACAAAUACAACGACAGUGAAGAUUUACACGAUUUAAUUGUGAGAGAUGUACAUAGCUUUGUCGAAGAUUCAAAUCUUGCCGAAAACGAUGCGAAUGGCGUUGAUGAAGUUGAUAAUGCGGAAUUUGACGCGGAGGAACUUGGCAAUGCCAAUGACGAUGAUAUCCAGCCAUCGAUUGUAAAUGAUGAAGUAACAGAAACUGAGAGAAACAUCACCAAGGAUAUUAACUCAAAUAACCAGACUUUAAGUGAUAGCUGGAAGAUAAGACAUAAUGGAAAAUCCCAGCUUAAUAGCGUGCAUGAUAAAUGCUGUCAGUUUGAAACACAAGUUAGUGAAGGCAAAAAAGGAAAACUACAAACUACGACGAACGGCUUAAGAAGUAAGACUGCCUCGACCUCUGUAGCAAGCAUGGUACAGAAAUUUGACUUGCUAGGAAAAUCAUCCCCGUACAAUACAACUCCAAAAAUUGUGUUACCAAAAUAAUCGAAUUAUUUUCGUACUCGUAAUUGUGAUAAAAGCAAAAGCUCAGAUUUAAUUAAAAAAAAGGAGAUUAAAAUCUGCAUAAUAAGUAUAUAUUGUAUAUUUUUUGUGUUGUAGAACUUUAUUUUGUUUAUCAAUUUUAAUGCCGUUUGAGGUAGGAUUUUCUAUGAAAAAUCGUGUAAAAAAUAAUGCAAUGAGUUUACUAAAUUUGUUAAACUUGUAAUUUAUUAGUUUUUAAUAUGGGAGCCUAUAGUAGCUCAUAUAUUUGCGAGACUGCAUCAAUAAAUGUGAACUGCAUUAGGAACUAAUGUAUCGAAUUUUUAUGUAUAAUAUGUAACCUAAAUAUAGCAUUGCAGUAAACAUUGUUUUUGGUA